UAAAGCGUUCGACCGCAUCGACCAUAAUAUCCUGGUCCCAAAGUUGCUGGCCCUUGGCGUCAGAUUGUCGCUUAUUCCAUGGAUAUGCAGCUUUCUCUCAAAUCGCCGUCAAUCGGUAAAGAUCGAGAAUUUCCAGUCUGAUUGGGGCAUCAAUAACGCAGGUGUCCCUCAAGGAACCAAAUUGGGCCCUAUUUUGUUCAUAAUUAUGAUCAACGACCUUGAACUGGCAUCCUCUAGCACUGACCAUUGGAAAUACGUGGAUGACGUAACAAUAUCGGAGUCCUUAAAGAAAAAUGAAGUUUCAGUCCUACAAUCUGAUCUUAACACAAUUGAAAGAUGGACUGUUAAUAACAACAUGAAAUUGAACGGAAAGAAAUGCAAAGAAAUGAUACUGAGUUUCGUCCGUAGCGAGAAUGACAUCCCCCGACUCCUCAUUGAUGGUUUACCUCUAGACUUAGUUCCUUCUUUCAAAAUUUUGGGCUUAACCAUCAACCAUGAACAAUAA